GUGACGGACAUCAACGAUAACCCGCCUCACCUCUCAGGGCCACGGGAGGUCCAGGUACAGGAGAAUGGCCCACCUCAGGCCAUAGCCAGGGUCACACUCGAUGACCCUGAUGAUUGGGAGGAAGGCCAUGGCCCUCCCUUCAACAUGGCCCUGGACCCUAAUGCCCCGCUACAUAUCACAGCUGCUCUUGAAGUCCGUUUUGACAGAGCAGGGGACGAAGGACGUGGGCUAGGGGUUCUAUGGACGAGGAUGCCAUUGGAUAGAGAAGAAAGACGUGUUCUCUCCGUCCCUAUUGUGGUGGGGGAUAGUGGGUCGCCAUCCAUCACCAGUACACUAACUCUGACUGUCCUGGUGGCUGAUCUAAAUGACAAUCCAAUGGGUCCAGCUGCUAAGACUAUUAGUGUACAUAUUGUGAGGCCACAGACAAUACCAGUGCCCCUUGGACGUGUGUAUGUCAAAGAUCCGGACGACUGGGAUGCUGCCUCGAAGAUCUAUGGCUGGAGACAGAGACAUCCAAAUUUCUCUCUCAAUUCUACAACUGGGGAUAUAAUUAUGAUGCCUGGAACCAUUGAUGGCAGGUACGAGUUAGGGUUCAAGGUGAGUGAUGCCAGCCAAGGUCAAACAGGGGUCAUGGCCAAUGUAACAGUCGAGGUCAAAUCAUUAAGCCAACGGGAUGUGAUUGAGGCCACGCCCUUAACUCUCGCUGCUGAGCCAUACCAUGUGGUUAAGGAGGGUGACGAGGACAGCCCAUCAAUCUUGAGUCAACUGGUGGUCGCGGCGCGGGCGUGGGUUAAGGGCAGUGAUGUGGGCGUGAAGGCGGUGUCAGUACAACCCAUGGAGACCCACCCUACGCCCAUGACCAGGAUCUGGCUCUCGUCUCCUGGGGUCUCCAAUCUGCAUCAUAUUCUCCUACACCGUAAAGAUGAGCUUGGCCAUGCCGUGGGCGCGACCAUAACAGAAGUGGGCAUCGAUACCUGUCACUAAUUACCUCAUUAUCUCACCUGUACAGCUUGGCCAUGCCGUGGGCGCGACCAUAACAGAAGUGGGCAUCGAUACGUGUGAAGAAAACCAACAACAAAACAGUCAUCAGAUGCCCAAUUGCCUAGUUGGGUGUAGAUCUGAUACCCCAAUCACCAGCGGGGGGGGUGGGGGUACCAUGGGCUAUACUGUGGUAGAUGCUAAUACCACAGCGGUCGUGGGUCCAUGGGUUAAUGGUUGUGGAUGUGGGUUACGUUUGAUGAGUGAUAGAUCUACCUGUGUUGAUGAGGGAUGUCUUAAUGGGGGCAGGUGCGUCCCUACCUCGGCUGGCACCAGGUGUAUUUGCCCUCAAGGAACCGUAGGAGCCCAAUGUAAAAUCCUUUCGAGGUAUUUUGAAGGAAGUGGACGACUGGAUAGCCAACAGAUGGAUGACAAAUGGAUAGGUGGAUGGGCCUGGGUGUCAUCCAUCCCAUCUUGUACUGAAAUUCACCUGAGUUUGGAAUUUUUAACGAAAUAUAAAGAUGGAUUAUUACUUUACUCUGGCCCUGACCACAUCCCGGCCACACCAGGUACACCAAGUGAUGUGGUCGCUCUUGAGUUGAAAGGUGGUCGACCACAUCUCCUCCUUGACCUUGGAGCAGGACCUGUUACACUAAUACUUGACGUUACUUAUGCUUUGAGUGAUUAUACCUGGCAUAGACUUGACCUGCUCUGGAGGAAUGAGCUUGCAGAACUGAUUGUUGAUCUGUGCUCGGGUGGGACUCUAGAUAUCCCACCCAUACCUACAACAAGACCCACCCAUAACACCUCAGAUACGCCCACGACUUCCCAACCCACGCCCCAAUCUACGCCCCCUGAUCCCCACACCUGCAGGGCAUCGGCUAGACUCCCACAUGGGGCACACCUGUUGAGUACCCCACACCCACUUCAGGUAGGGGGAUUGGCCCACCCACCACCCUCAUAUUUAGCUUAUGGGUGGCCAGCGCCCCUACGCCCACGCCCAUUUCGCGGGUGUAUACGGAAUCUUCGGGUGAAUGGGGAGCUGGUCGACCUCGGACGGAAUCUUCUCCACCAACGCAGCAGUCCGGGGUGUGCAGCUGUCAGUUGUGCCUCCAGUGGCCUUACCUGCGGCGUUCAUGGCAGGUGCCAAGGGUCACCAGGCACUCUGAGGUGUGAGUGCCGACCAGGAUGGGCGGGUGCUCAGUGUGCCACGCCCACUACGCCCACGACUUUCUUUCUUAAUAGUUACGUUAAGUUGGCACUCUCGUUCACACCUCUGGCCUAUACCACCACUGUCCAUCUGAGGUUCCGUUCAUGGAAGCGAGAUGGGGAACUAGUUGUCCUGUGGUCACAACAUGGCAGAGAUCGCCUCGCUGUCCAGCUUAUACGCGGCCAACUGUGUUUGGUGGGUCGCUUACACCCCGAAUCACCCCGUGCGCUCUGUCUGACCCGGGCACAGCUUACAGAUGGACAAUGGCACUCUG